AUGGCUGAAAAGCAAAAAGUCGUCUGUGUUACGAGGGGUUACUGGCCUUGUCACUAUCUUGCCAAAACGUUAACGGAACGUGAAGCUUUAGAGUGGAGCAAGAGAAACUUAGCUGAUGUUGUGACGCUCUGCGGUAUAAAAUCCUUGUUGAGCGAUCAACUGUAUCUUGUGGAUGUGCGUGAUGUGACGGAUGCGCUUUUGUUGGUGUAUGAAACUCCAAAAGCAAAAGGAAGAUACAUAUGCAAUUCUCAUUCACUCUACACUGAUUCUCUAAUGGAGAAACUCAAGAAUAUGUAUCCUAAACGCAACUUCCCUGAAAGUUUCACGGAGAGAACAGAGAAGGAGGUGAAGGAAGUAAGGGUUCUAAGAUCAGAGAAGUUGCAGAAUUUGGGAUGGAAGUUUAGGCCAUUAGAAGAAACCAUUGAUGAUUCAGUGGUGAGCUUUGAAGCAGCUGGUGAUCUUCCAAAACCAUUGAUGUCUUCACUCUUUAUUAAUCCUGAAAUAAAGUAAUUCCAUGAAAUGGUUUUGGUAAAAAAUCAAUUUCAUGGUAUUGGUGUUCUUUCUUUUGUAAAAGUCAGAUCUUUCUUACUUUGACUGACAUGAAUAAUUUGAUGGAACA